AUGCUCGCGCGAGGCUUCCCGCCGGACCACUUCACCCUGCCCCCCGUCCUCCGCUCAUGCGCGCUCACCGGCUCCGCGGCCCUCGCCGCCUCCUCGCACGCGCUCUCCGUCAAGCUAGGCGCCCAGGGAAACCUCUUCGUGGCGUCCGCGCUGGUGCAAUGCUACGCGGGCAUGUCGAACCUCCCCCACGCGCGGAGGCUGUUCGACGGAAUGCGCGAGAGGGACGCCGUCCUGUGGACAUCCAUGCUCUCCGCUUACUCCCAGGGUGGGCAGCCAGAGGAGGCGAUGCGGUUCUUUGAGGGGAUGGUGGCGGCCGAGGUGCAGCUCGACACGGUGGUCAUGGUCAGCCUUCUUCUCGCGUGCGGGCAGCUCGGCUGGCGGCGCCACGGGAGAAGCAUGCACACGUGCUGCUUCCGGAGGUUCCUGGGGAUGCCUCUCUCCCUAGGAAACGCCCUCGUGGACAUGUACGUCAAGUGCGGGGAGCUUGCCUAUGCCGAACGGGUGUUCUCCGUGAUGCUCAGGCGGGAUGUUAUCUCGUGGAGCGCUCUGAUCGUCGGUCAUGGUUUGAACGGGAGCUCCGAUGUUGCUCUGAGGCUUUUCGAUGAGAUGGUGGCCAGAGGAGUGGAGCAGAACUCGGUCACUUUCCUAGGGGCCCUGUCAGCCUGUGCACAUUCGGGCAUGGUGGAGAAAGCAUAUGCUAUAUUCCAGCAGAUGAAGCAGAAGGGCAUCAAGCCUGAGCUGAAGCAUUACUCUUGCGUGGCUGAUGCGUUAGGGAGGGCUGGCCGUGUUACCGAGGCCGUCAAUCUCAUAGAGGAAAUGCCUUGCCAGCCAGACGAGGCCAUGCUUGGUGGCAUACUGGCAGCUUGCCGAGUGCAUGGUGAAGUGGAUGCUGCCGAACGGAUUUCGAAGAGGCUGAUGGCCAUGUCUCCUGCAAAGAGUGGCUACUACAUGAGCCUGGCAAACAUAUAUUCUGACGCCGGAAGGUAUGUUGAUGCGGAGAGAAUAAGAGGCUUCAUGAAGGAAGUCAAAGUCGACAAGCUUCCUGGAUAUUCUCUCUCGGAAUCAAAUAACUAGCUCCAUAUAGUAGGCAACGGAUUUUGAAGCAGUUUGGCGAGUCUAGUGACAUAACUCUCAGUUCAGUAUAUGCUUUGCUUUGACAAAGGAUGUAGUCACAUGGUGGCUGGGAAGGAUAAAUCAGAUGAGUUGGCAACUCAGCUAGACAGUUUUUGUCGAUUACACUAUUUCAAACAUUCGAGUGGCUGAGUAGGUGCUGUCAAAGUGAAUGUGCCAAAUAUAAAAUUACAAGCAUUGAGUUGCCGAAUUGGUGCCAUUAAUGUGUCAAGUGCCAAGAAGUUUCGGGAACCAGCUUCUUCGAGCCAACAAGGACAAUAUUGAACAGGUUUUAUGGAACAUUGAUAUAUUGGAACCACACAGUUCUCCCGCAUGUAUUUGAGAGAGAAAAUAAAGAAAACAAUCACUCUAUGUGGGUUUUGCUUGACCAGGUGCCUAUAGGGUUGAAUAGCUUUUGACACUGGCAAGAGAAUAUGUCCAGAUAUGUGGACGUCUGGCCGGCAAGGUUUAAACUAAGCUCCAUGUUAUACUCACUGCGCAGUGCUCACUUAGGUUGCUUGUAACACGUCAGAUGGCGAACUUUUCAUAAGGAAAUGAUGAAAGCCAAGCCUCCAAAUCAAAUUACCUUCUAUCUAUAUAUAUGUUUGUGUUUCUACAACUACAGUGUGUGCACACUGCACCGGCGCCAUAGCUCUUGUACCUUGUGACAACUCCAUAGACUGAGCUGAGGUGGAAGUAGUGUGGGAACACGAGAAAUCCUGGAGAAGGAUUAGGUUAGUUCCUCCGAAGUGGUGGCAAAUUGAGGUGCAAUAUUUUUGUGCAUUUGAUGGAGUUGAGUCUAAUCCUUA